CUACCUUCUAGGUCCUUCAAGAACUUCUUCUCUUUUUGAUUAUUAGAAUCCAGUACUAAAGAUUAAUAUAAAUAUACAGGAACACCACAAAGCAAAUAACAUAGAGAGAAAAAAAAAAUUAAAGAGAGAAAAAUAGAAUAUUAGUAAAAAAAAUUUAAAAAAAGAUGGGGAAAGCACGUACAAUAGGAAUUGGAAUGGAUUAUUCAGCAACAAGCAAAAUAGCUCUAAAAUGGGCAAUUGAUAAUUUAAUUGAAGAAGGUGAUACAAUUAUUAUUAUUCAUGUUGUUUCUUCUAAAGUUGAACCAACAAGCAAACAACUCUUUGAAGACAGUGGAUCACCUUUGAUACCUUUGGAUGAAUUUAAACAGAUUAAUGUGUCCAAGUAUUAUGGAUUAAAUCCUGAUAAAGAAGUUAUUGAUAUGCUUGACCCUGUUUCUAAGCUCAAAAAGGUGACAGUGGUGUCAAAGGUGUAUUGGGGAGAUGCAAGGGAGAAACUUUGUGAUGCUGCUGAAAAUCUCAAACUUGAUUCACUUGUAAUUGGAAGCAGAGGCUUAGGAAUUCUUAAAAGGGUAUUACUUGGAAGUGUGAGUAACUACGUGGUGCAAAAUGCAACAUGUCCUGUCACUGUUGUGAAAGCCAGUCCUCAAAAGUGAAAAAAAAAAGACUAUAUAGUUUUUUAUAUGUUUUAUUUUGUAAAAAUAAAAUGCUUAUUUAAUUUCUAUAUCAACUUUUUUUUGUGUGUAUUUUGUACUUUUACUUCCUUUUGUUUUGGAUUUAUUUAUUUGAUUCUUAGGUAUGAGUUGGCUUUUGUUUGAGAGAGUUGGAUGAGAGAUGGUUGUGGGACUUCGUUAUAUUUCAAGUUCAUCAUCCAUCUUAUAUGAAUUUAUUGUUGAUUUGUUGGUUGU